ACCGCUGUAUGGAAGGACAGUCCCAGAACUGUCAUUAAUAGUCUAUUUCUGACAGUUCUAUGACAUUCCCUCCAUACAGCGGUUUGAAACAGCUGUAUGGAGUGAAUGUCCCAGAACUGUCAGAAAUAGACUAUUUAUGACAGUUCUGGGACAAUCACUCCAUACAGCUGUUUCAACCGCUGUAUGGAGGGAAUGUCAUGGAACUGUCAGAAAUAGACUAUUAAUGACAGUUCUGGGACUGUCCUUCCAUACAGCGGUUGAAACAUUGUAUGUAUUUGUUUCCAACAAAUUACAUACAAUGUUUCAACCGCUGUAUGGAAGGACAGUCCAACUGUCAGAAAUAGUCUAUUUCUGACAGUUCUAUGACAUUCCCUCCUGUCACAGAACUGUCCUUCUUCUCAUCCUUCUCCUUCUUCUCAUCCUCUUCU